AAGAUCCCCGUGACCAUGGAGGCAACCUCGGUGUUCGCCGCCUUCGACAAGGACGGCGACGGCAAGGUGUCCGCCUCCGAGCUGCGGUGCGGCCUGUGGUCGACCCUGGGGGAGGACAUGUCGGAGGAGGAUGCGGCGGAGAUCCUCGCUGCAGUGGACGCCGACGGUGACGGGCUGUUGAACCAAGAAGAGUUCUCGAGCCUGACCGCCGGCGCCCAAGAAAACGACGACGUCAAACGAAGGUGCUUGAUGGAGGCGUUCGGGAUGUACGCAUCGUCCUCGACGAUGAUCACGCCGGCGAGCCUGAGGCGGACGCUGAGCAGGCUGGGGUCGCACGAGCUCGGGGUGGAGGACUGCAGGGCCAUGAUCUGCAGGUUCGACCUCGACGGCGACGGCGUCCUCUCAUUUGACGAGUUCAGGGUCAUGAUGAUGGCCUGAUCGAUCGACUCUCACACCUCAUCACAUUUUUGUAUAUAUACGAUGUUCGCUCCAUCCAUCACAUAUGUACAGUACGGCCACGAUUCAUUCAUUCAUUCAUUCAUUCAUUGUUUCACUCUCAAAA